AUUUUUAACAUAUAGGUACUGAUACAUUCCCAUAGACUCGAAUUUUUUCGGUCUUUUGGAAGUUUAGUGAUUGUUGUGCACGGCGGUACCGUAGCAAAAGUAUUUCAAGAUGUCGGAAAGUACAGCCACUAUCCGUACCCGAAAGUUUAUGACCAAUAGAUUGCUCGCAAGGAAGCAAAUGGUUGUUGAUGUCUUACACCCAGGUUUACCUUCUGUUAAAAAAACCGAAAUCAGAGAAAAAUUAGCUAAAAUGUACAAGGUGACACCUGAUGUAGUAUUUGCGUUUGGUUUCCGUACAAAUUUUGGUGGUGGCAAAUCUACUGGAUUCGCCCUUAUUUAUGAUACUUUAGAUUUCGCCAAGAAAUUUGAACCUAGGUACAGGUUACAAAGGCAUGGACUUUACGAAAAGAAACAGCAGACACGUAAACAGCGCAAAGAAAGGAAAAAUAGGAUGAAGAAAGUUAGAGGUACAAAGAAAGCUAAAGUAGGAGCUGCAUCAAAGAAGUAAUUUGGUGCCGGACAUUGAACUUCACCAUUAAAGUAAGUUGUUUUAUAAUUUCAACACAAAUGUGUAUUUAAUAAAAUACUUCCUACAUUA